AGAAUUGGUGGAACUGUGUGCAUGCCCUGGACCUAAGACCAUUCAGAUACUCUUUGGGACCCCAGCAGAAGAAAUCCUGAAAUAGGGACUGUGGCCUUUGCUCAUAGACUUGCUUGUGUCACUAAUAGAAGUCUGCAAAAGCAGGAUUCUCUUUAGGUCUCCAGGGCAACAGGCCAGGUGACCAAUCAAGUCCUAGGCCCAGGGUCAUUGUUGGAGGCAUAAAUGUUGCUAUGACUACUGAAACCUCGGUGACUGAACUAAACAGAAAGGAGAGCCUGCCCAGUCUCCUAAGACCAUAUCAAGCAAGUCUGUAGACAUGUCUAUGGAAAAGAUGACAAAAGUAGAAGAGAAUUUUCAAAGGGCUAUGAGUCUUAAGAAGAUGGUCGACAGAUGGCAAAAUUCACAUACUAACUGUCUGUGGCAAAUGACAUUGAGCCAGAGAAGAAACCCAUAUGCCACCCUAAGGAUGCAGGAGACCAUGGUACAGGAAUUGGCACUGGCCAACAAGCAACUACUGAUGGUCCGUCAAGCUGCCCUGCACCAGCUAUUUGAAAAGGAGUAUCAGCAGUACCAGCAGGAACUAAAUCAGAUGGGCAAAGCUUUUUAUGUGGAGAGAGACUGACAGCACCCAAAACACCGUUCUUCCAUUCCCAUCAUGUCUGCUAACCUAGCCUUCUUGAGCGUCUACCGCCUUGAACUUCCUUCUCAAUACAUUCCUGGAUCUAGUGUGCCUAGGACUCCCACUCUUGACCUCUUCACUUUCAUGUCGACCCCCUGCUGCUAUUUGGAAAACAAUCUAUGAAACAAUGGUUAAAAACAAGAGUGACGCCUUGUGGUCAGACUGGGAAAUACAGUGUUGAUGUAAGGGGGCGGGGAAUGGGGUAGGUGGACAAUGUGAUUUGAGAAUUGAGAAUCCCAAUUUGGUUUAACAAAUAAAGCUAGCUCUUAAAGGUU